AUGCAUCAAACCCACGGGAUCCUGGUGGUGUCAAACGCCAACCGACACCUCCUGCACCCACUCACGAGCAACGACACGCCGAUCGCGCUGCUGCCGAUCUGCAACCAGCCGCUGAUAUACUACUCGCUCGAGGCUAUGCGGCGGUCCGGGAUCGCGGGCGUCACGGUGCUCAUCCAGGGGUCGCCGGAGGAGACCGUGCACGUUUCCCAGUGGCUUGCGCGGUUCCAGAAGAGCGACAGAUCCGCGGGGCUGCGCCUGGACGUCGAGGUCAUCCCGUCGGAGGGCGCCACGGCUGCGACGGUGCUGCGCAGCUCGCUGGACCGCAUCCGCGGCGCAGACACCGUGCUGUUCAUGCAAGGAGACUGCAUCACGAGCGUGCCGCUCGAGAAGAUCGUCUCGUACCACCGCAUGCAUCGCGCGCUCUGCACCGUCGCGCUAUCGAAGCGCCCCUCUCCCAGCGAGGGCCUCAAGCCGGGCAAGGCGCCGCGCGGCGUGGACUAUGUCGCGGUGGACAAGCCGUCCGGCGAGCUGCUCCUCUUCCAGCCGUCCGCCCAGCCCGACAAGGCGGUCACCAAGGUUGACGUCCCCGCUGCCGCGCUACAGCGCGCCAAAGCAGGCAUUGAAAUCACCACCUCUUUCCGCGACGUCGGCGUCUACGUUUGCCACGUCUCCGCGCUCAAGCUCCUCUCCGCAUACCCAGGCGUCACGUCGAUCCCCAAGCAGCUCAUCCCGCUGCUCAUCCUGGUCGCCGGGGACGACCUCAGCCGGCACGGGUCCGGCUCGGCGCGCAACAGCGUCGACACGGCACACCCAGCGGAGAGCGAGGUCGCGGACCACAUCCGCACCGCGCUCCGGAUGUCCCACGGGACGCAGGAGAGCUCCGGCGCGGCGAACGGCGGCGCGCGGAGCUUCUGCGGCGCGUUCGUGCUGCCGGAGAGCGAGAUCGCGGUGCGCGUGGACACGCUCGCGUCGUACGCGGCGGCCAACGCGGCGGUGUCCGACCCCAAGGCCCUGACGCGCCUGACGCCGCUGGUCCCGAACGACAAGCACCACAACUUCGUGCACAACACGUGCUCGCUGAUGGGGAAGGUCCAGGUCGGUCCCGGCUGCGUGGUCGGGGAGGGGUGUGCAGUCGGGGAGAAGGUGUCGAUUAAGAAGUCAGUCAUAGGACCUGCGGUCAGGGUGGGGAGUGGGGCGAAGAUCAUCAACAGCGUGGUGAUGGAGGGGGCGGUGAUCGAGGACGGCGCGCACGUCGCCAGCAGCGUGGUGUGUGCGCGUGCCACAGUGCGCGAGCGCGCCGUGGUCAAGGACGCGCAGGUCGGCAUGGCGCAGGAGGUGGCCACGGGCGCGGACGUGCGGCAGGAGGCGGUCGCGAAGGUGCCCGCGACGCCGCCGGGGCACGACGCCAUGUGA